GCAACGUUUCAACUGUACCUGAAUUGAAGCGCCAUGCAUGCAAAGGCUGUUGGUGCAUCGUGGCCUGGGCGUAUAACCGAGUGAUGAGGCUGGUUCACAUUUGCAGCACAAGGGAACGCGGAGACUGACCACAGUGAUUGUCUUGCAAAAGACUUUCAGGAUGGACAAGGAAAACCACUGUGCCUUGCCCUACACACCUACUACAGAAGAAAAUGGUGAAAGCAAUGUCUUAAAUGGAGAAGUACAACAAACAAAUGAAACAAUGCAACUAAAGAAGGAGAUAUCUCUUCUUAAUGGGGUCAGCCUCAUUGUGGGAAACAUGAUUGGCUCAGGGAUUUUUGUUUCUCCCAAAGGUGUGCUGAUAUACAGUGCCUCCUACGGACUGUCCUUGGUGAUCUGGGUAAUUGGGGGUAUAUUUUCAGUAAUUGGUGCUCUGUGCUAUGCAGAAUUAGGAACCACUAUCACCAAGUCAGGGGCUAGCUAUGCAUACAUUCUGGAGUCAUUUGGGGGAUUUAUUGCAUUCAUUCGUCUCUGGACAUCACUUCUAAUCAUUGAGCCUACCAGCCAGGCAGUAAUUGCAAUAACCUUUGCUAACUACCUUGUGCAGCCCUUGUUCCCCACCUGUCAACCUCCCUACACUGCAUCCAGACUGAUUGCGGCUGCUUGUAUCUGUUUGCUAACCUUUAUCAACUCUGCAUAUGUUAAGUGGGGCACAAGAGUUCAGGAUAUGUUUACCUAUGCUAAGGUCAUUGCCCUUAUUGUCAUCAUCAUAACAGGACUUGUAAAACUAUGCCAAGGACAUACUAAAAAUUUGGAGUCUACAUUUGAAGGCUCUUCCACAAACCCAGGAGACAUUGCUCUGGCUCUCUACUCUGCACUUUUCUCCUAUGCAGGCUGGGACACUCUGAACUUUGUUACUGAAGAGAUCAAGAAUCCAGAAAGAAAUUUGCCUCUGGCAAUUGCAAUUUCUAUGCCAGUGGUAACCAUCAUAUAUAUCCUGACAAAUGUGGCCUAUUAUGUGGUUCUGGACUUCAGCUCCAUUAUCGAUAGUGAUGCUGUGGCAGUGACAUUUGCUGAUCAGACACUGGGUGUAAUGAGGUGGAGCAUUCCCAUUGCUGUUGCCUUGUCUUGCUAUGGUGGAUUGAAUUCAUCAAUCAUUGCUGCUUCUAGGCUGUUUUUCGUGGGAUCACGUGAAGGCCACCUUCCAGAUGCACUAUCUAUGAUACAUGUCAACAGAUUCACCCCCAUUCCUGCACUGCUAUUUAAUUGUGCCAUGGCUCUGAUGUAUCUUUCAGUGGAGGAUGUCUUUCAGUUAAUCAAUUACUUCAGCUUUAGCUACUGGUUUUUUGUGGGUCUGUCAGUUGCAGGACAGAUCUAUCUUCGUUUUAAAGAACCAGACAGACCCCGGCCUGUCAAGCUUAGCCUCUUCUUUCCUAUUACCUUCUGCCUCUGCACCGUGUUUUUGAUUGCUGUACCAUUAUACAGUGACACUAUAAACUCCCUAAUUGGAAUUGGAAUAGCACUGUCAGGAGUACCUGUCUACUUGCUGGGAAUUUACCUCCCUGAGUCUAGACGUCCCCCAAUCAUUGGCAGAAUGCUGCGUGCCUUAACACGGAUCACUCAGCUUACAUGUUUCUGUGUGCUCACGGACAUAGACUUCACUGAAUAAGCUACUGAAAAUACCCACUUGUAAUUGGAGUGGAGUGUAUGGGAAAUGCAAACUAUGAUUCACAAACGACAGGAUGUGAAUUAUGAGGAGACUUUGUUUGAAAAGUGGUAUUAGAAUGGUUAAUGUGAAGUACUUGUGCAAUUAGGGGAUAAUCUUGUCCUAAAUACUGUUAAAAAAUCUGCCAAAAGGUCAGCACUGAAAAGCUUUACAGGUAAAUGUUGUGCCGGUUUCCAAUAGCUGCCAAUACCUUGAAUGUUUCCAUUGAAAUAUGGCUAAAAUUGACAAAUGCAUAUACAGUGCAUAUCUAAAAUUAACAAACUAAAUACCAUCGGUGCAGAAUGUCAUCUGUUAAAAAAACUGGUUGUGUGAAUUGCAUCCAAAUAAAACAAGAUACUGUUUUCUAAACUCACUUGGUUAAAAAAUUAUAAGCCCUGUUACUGUAGCCUUUUUUUUGUUAAGCCUUUGAAAAGAACCAUCAGUGAACUAAACCAAAGCCAUAAUAAUCAACACAAGCUUAGAGGAUACGAUCAAGAGCCAGGCAUAAAGGUUAAACAGGAGUGAGAAACUGAACUCUGAAAUAGUAACUUUAAAUGAACAAGUUAAAGUGGUAGUUUUUAGACAUUUUAGGGUGACAUUCUUGAAAGCACAGGGAUAAAUGAUCAAAUGCAAAUAAGCUUUAAGUGAAAGUUGUUGUUUAAAAAAUUCAUAUGCAACUUUUAUGCAUUUUCAUACUGCAGACAAAAAAUGGAGACUUAUAUAUAUGGCGUAUUGAUCUGUCUUUAAGGUUCUCCUUAUUUUAUGUCACUUAAACACUCAAAUAUCUUUGCUCUCUGGUAGGAACAGAACAACUGCCUCCUCAGUCUUGCAGGUUGAAAUUAAUGGGGGUUUUUUUGGUCUAUUUAAAAAAAAGUUCAUUUACAAGCAAAUACGUUUAUAUUUGCUUUUUUUUUUUUUUAAACCGUUCACAAUAUGGAAAGUGUUUAAUGUGUUUGUUACAAUAGAACAGAGUAUGUCUAAAUAUGCAAUAGCACCUAGCUCAAAAUUUACUGUAAAACUACUGAGAUACUGUGAUAGUUUAAAUGUCUAAGAAUGGUUGGAUUUUACAUAAACGUCUGUAAAAUUCCUUUUUUAUUUUUCAAAGGUUUAUCUAUUUUGGGUUUCAAUUAGUUACAAUUUAUAGAAAGUUUCUAAGAAAAUUUAUCUCUCAACAGAUGGUCAUGUAGCAAUCUCUACAUUAUAGGAUUUUGUAUUAUUUCUAUUAUUAAAUUAAAGCCCAUAAAGUGCACCUAAUCAGCAAUGGCUGUGUUUUAAUCAGGUUUGUGUAAUAUCUUAAAAAUAAAUUCUAAAAAAAUAUUUUUCUUAACUUCUGGGUGCUUAUUAAAAUUAUUAAAUACAUCAGGGCAUUUGCGGAUCCUAAAUAAUAGCAUUAUUUCAUACCCUAUGCCUGGUUAUCUAUUCUUAAUUGAGUGAAUUGAUUCCUUAGGGCACUGACAUUCACAAGACUUUACCUUUGGCUAUUUGAACCUCGAGGCCAGUGACACUUCAGGAUCAAAGUUGCUUUAGGUAGAUAAAGGAGAAAAUGUUUGUUAAAUGUUGAUUUUGUAAAACAGUAUGCAUAAAGCAUAUUCUUGCUAGUAAACAGUUGGUUUACUAAUUUUACUUUUUGUUUGCAAAUUUGGACUAAUUUUGGUUUGUUCCUCACGUACAGAACUAUGCUAAAUGACCAACUGAAAGUGUACAUUGACUGCUGCUGCAUUUGUGUGGUCACUCAUUAGGCAUUGACCAUCAUGCCUUGGGGAUGACUUUAGAAAUGGAAAAUAAGCUGUUAGUGUGAUAGCAAAGGCCAACAUGUUAAACUUACAGAGCCAGGUUUGAUUUAGCUUUUGAUUUUGCUAGUAAUACCAAAUAUCAAUUUUUCUGUAUUUAAUAUUAUUCAGAGGUUAAUAUUUAUGUUAUCAUACUUGAGCCUUGUCAGGAGAUUACGAGUUCAUGCUGCACAUGCCUUAUGUAAAUGAACGUGCAGUCAAAAUCUUAAAUUAGCAUUAAAUGUUGAAACCUCUUUAUGUACUUACAGUGUUUUGAGUUUUGGAGUUGAGGGUUGUAGAAUUGGGAAACCCUUGCAACUCAGGGCCCUUCACAGUGCACUGAAAGUUUUCUCUUUGGACUUAAACCAGAGAAAGUCUGAGAUUGGCACAAAAAUGU